AUGUUAGAUGGCUUGGCUUUUUUACGACUAAAUAGGUUACAAGAAGGUGUUGAAUAUUUAAAAUUAAUUAUUCCUCUUGGUGCCGAGGAGUUAUUUCAAUAUUUUGACGAAACCUACGUGAGUGGAACAAUAUGUCGAAUAAAUAAACAAAACACUCUAAGUUUAAGAGUUCGAAGUUUCCCAGCGAUGUUUCCUCCGGAAACUUGGAAUGUUCAACGAACAACACUUGAAAAUAACCAACAAACCAAUAAUGUUUGCGAAUCAUGGAACAAUCGAUUUUGUCAUUUAGUUGGAGGAAAACACCCAUCGUUUUGGACGUUAAUAACCAAAAUAAAAAAUGAAUUGUCGGCAGAACAUUUUUUUGCUCUGCAAAACAUUGGAGAGUCCAAAAUAAAACGUACAAAAUCGAAAACCGUGCAAAAAAGAUUAAAAACCUUAUACGAACGGUUAAAUACUUACCAAAUUGAAGUGGAUACAUUUUUAAAAAAAAAUUAUUUAAAUUUAAGAAAACGAUUAUAA